AUGGUACGAAUCACGUGCACCAUCUCCUUCAGCACAGAUGAUGAGCCAGUUGGCCGCUCGCGCAAAGGCAGCUUCGACGACCACUACAAGCGCGUGGUGUGGUCAAGAGAUGGCGAACAUGGCAAGUACCAGGAGGAGGGUGACGAUCCGGAUGCAUACGAUGGGACGGAAGACGAAGAAGUGCCCGACAUCAGCCUCGCCACGUUUUUUGGUGGCUGCUCCCUCCACGGCGCCAACCACGUCUUUGUGGACAAGAAGUUGAGUGUCCGCCAGGGCUUGUGGACGGUGGUCUUUCUAUUGGCGGUCUCCAUGUUCCUCAUGCAGGUGGUGGACCGUGUCAUCUACUACCUGCAGUAUGACUACAUCACCAUGCUGGACGAGCGCAAUGCCAGGAACAUGACGUUCCCCGCCAUCACGCUCUGCAACUACAACUCGUUCCGGCGCUCACAGCUGAGCUACAGCGACCUGCUCUUCAUGGGGCCACUGUUGGGAUACGAGGACAACAUGGCUCCGGGAAUCCCUUUGGCGCCGGAGCCCGACAGGCAAGGGUCUCGAUUCAGCCUCGCCGAGUUCUUCAAUCGCACCCGUCACCGCAUGGAUGAUAUGCUGCUGGAGUGCAAAUUCGCUGGGAAGGAGUGCGGGCCGGAACACUGGAGAGAGAUCUUCACACGCUAUGGAAAAUGCUACACCUUCAAUUCUGGACAGGACGGGCGGCCACUGCUGAUCACCAUGAAGGGAGGGAUGGGAAAUGGGCUGGAGCUGAUGCUGGAUAUCCAGCAGGACGAGUAUCUGCCUGUGUGGGGAGAGACUGAUGAGACGUCUUUCGAGGCGGGAAUCAAAGUCCAGAUCCACACGCAGGAUGAACCGCCUUUCAUCGAUCAGCUGGGAUUCGGAGUGGCUCCAGGCUUCCAGACGUUCGUCUCCUGCCAAGAACAGCGGGCUGUGUUUCUGUCUUCAGGAGACGCUCCAUAUUGCACUCCGGAACAGUACAAGGAAUGUGCAGAUCCCGCUCUAGAUUUUCUGGUGGAGAGAGACAAUGACUACUGCGUUUGCGACACGCCCUGCAACAUGACGCGCUACGGCAAAGAGCUGUCCUUCGUCAAGAUCCCCAGCAAAGCCUCUGCCAAAUACCUGGCCAAGAAGUUCAACAAGACGGAGCAGUACAUCGCAGAAAACAUCCUGGUGCUGGACAUCUUCUUCGAGGCCCUCAACUACGAGACCAUCGAGCAGAAGAAAGCCUACGAGUUAGCCGGCCUUCUUGGUGACAUUGGCGGACAGAUGGGCCUGUUCAUCGGGGCCAGUAUCUUAACCAUCCUGGAGCUCUUUGACUAUCUGUAUGAGGUGAUCAAGUUCAAACUCUGUCGCUGUUCCAAGAAGAAACACCAGCGGAGCAGCAACAACGAGCGAGGAGCCGUUCUCAGCCUGGAUGACGUGAAGCGUCACGCUCCCUGUGAAAACCUUGGUACCCCGUCAACCUACCCAGCCAACAUGCUACCUCACCAUCCUGGCCAGGGCAACUUCGAAGACUUCACCUGUUGAGCGUAAAGUAAGAGCCUGACAGAGAACAACCAAAGCUGACCACAUCAGUACGGGCCCCAUUCACAACCGGACAAUACAGAACAACCUUCUGGAUCUGCUACACACUAGAAAACCACCAUGUCUUGAGAUAUAUCCAGACGUCAGAGGAAUGGUACCGAUCAACAAAGUAUAUUUUCACUAAAAUGUUCCUUGGAAAACUUUUGAUGUUUUUUGAACAUUUCAAGGAAAUACUGCCUCAAAAACAAAACUCCUUGAAGUCUAAGAAAUUACACAUUACGUGACCUGGACAUCAAAUAGCUUUCUGCAGCUGGACCCUGAUGCCUUUUGUGUACAUAGUGAUGGCUCUAAACUGUCUUAAGACCAGUGGCUUACGUAGGUCAGUAGAUAUAGCGCUUAUUCACUGUAUGUAGCCUCAUUUGUCCCAUCUGCUGGAUCGAUUCAGCCUCAGUGUAUCUCACGAGAAUGUAACUUCCCGAAAAAGGUGGCCAUUACAAGCAUUAAAAGGGGGGUUUUGGGAUGCUGGAGGGUUGAGGUCCCAUAUGACAUUGUGUUAAAGGUCUCAUCUUGUAAAUGCAUGCUGGUCGUCUUGUGCAUGUUUUUAGUUUUAUUUAGAUUUCAUUAUUACUAUCGCCAAGUUUGCCUCAAUUAUAUACAAGUGUUGGAAGAUGGUGUAAAGUUUGUUUUCGUGUGCAGGUUUUACUGUUCUUGUGAGGAUACAAUUUCUCAAUGACCCCAGAAUAAUAGCAAGCUGACAAAACUAGAGAGAACAUCAAGGAUACAACAGUUCAAAAAGAAACUAAUCAAUGUAUAAAUUCAUAUCUAAAAAUGCCAAAACGUUUUAUUUUAAAGGGUUAGUUCACCCAAAAAUGAAAAUUCUGUCAUUAAUUAC